UAUGAUGAGCACACUCCGGUCUUGUAGCGGACUACGUCAGUCUGGAAAAAGACGAAAGAUACAGGCGUUGGUGUGGGUGCUAUUGUGGCUGUGUGUGUUGCGUGGGGCGGCUGGCGAGUGCCCGAAGGUGUGUGAGUGUAAGUGGAGAGACGGAAAAGAGACAGUGACGUGCAUUGGUGCCCAGUUCAUAGAUAUUCCUCGUCAGCUGGACCCGUCCACUCAGGUGCUCGACCUACAGCACAACAACCUGCAGGUCCUGCCUCGUGACGCCUUCGUCGACACAGGUCUGGUCAACCUGCAGAAGCUGUGGCUCAACCACUGCGAGAUAAAACACCUGGAACGCGGCGCCUUCAACAUGCUGGACAACUUGGUGGACCUUGACCUGAGCAAAAACCUGCUGCGCGUCGUGCCCACCGCCGCUCUCAUCGACAUCCCGGGGUUGCGAGAGCUGAGUCUCGCCCACAACGACCUAGCCACCAUCCCCGCUGAUGCCUUUGCUCCAUCCCCUGACCUGGUGACCCUUGACCUCUCCAAUAACAGGAUAAGAAACAUCAACCCGAAGGCGUUCCGGUGUCUCGCCACGCUCGAGGUGCUCAAGCUUUCCGGUAACCUGCUGGUGUACCUGAUGCAGGACCUUCUGGUGCCGCUCAAGGCCCUGCACGGCCUCAACCUCAACAACAACCCCUGGACCUGCGACUGUCGCCUGCGGCCCAUGCGGCAGUGGAUGCUGGACCACAAGAUCACCAGCGUCACGGCACCCACCUGUGCGCGGCCCAAGCGGGUAAGCGGCACCAGCUGGGAUUUCCUGGAGCUGGACGAGUUUGUGUGUGAGCCCCACGUGUCUGCGGUUACGGAACACCUCGAGGCCAACGAGGAUGAAAGCGUGUCUCUAGUGUGUCGCGUUGACGCUGACGUGGAGGUUUCUGUCAGUUGGCUAUUCCGGCAACAGCCGCUGGGAACCCCGAGAAAGUCCACGCGCUACCGGUUAGAGAAGCAGAUGAUUGCCGACCAGUCGGCCGUCAUGUCCAACCUGACUAUCAUGAGGGCGGAGCCGAGGGACCAGGGCACAUACACCUGCGUAGCAGAGAACAAGGCGGGGAGGAGCGAGGCCAACCUCACACUGCAAGUGGAGAGGGAAGAGACAGAAGGGAGUCUGGUGUACGUGGACAAAAAGUACAUGACUGGCAGCCUCCUCUCGGGCCUCGGGGUGCUGGUCACCAUCCUGCUGCUGGUGAGCUGCAUCGUCCACCGCCGCCAGCGGGUGCGAAGGUUUCGCAGGCAGGAGGAAGACCGGGAGAUGCGGGGCGUUAACGCCACCUGCACGAUACCACAGACUCAGCCCGUCACUGCCAACGCCACUACCAUCCCCGCCCCUGUGGCGCAGCGCCCCUCAGCCACGCACCAGCGUAAGCCUUCCGAUUACCUCAUUAUUCCCUCCGGCGAGUCUGACGCGCCGCCGCUCCACCCGCUGCAGAGAGACCACGCGUGGCUGCAGCCGGAGGGCCGUCAACGGAGGCUACACUCGCUCGGGCUAUCUGGAAAACGGAAGGUACGACAACUCCAGCCUGGAGCGGUACCGCGAGGACGUCCUGGAGGACAUGCGGGGACACCAACGCUCGCCCAGCACCAUCUCCUACGUGGAGCUACCCUCCACGGAGCUGCCGCGGCGGCACAGCGCGCUCACGGACAAGGAGAGUCUCAUGAACCUGGAGUUCGAGACGGACAUCCUGAGGAGGGAGUGCAGCCCCACGGGGUCCGUGGUGUCCGUGGUGAGCAACGGACAGCUGGAGGACCUGCUGGGCCUGCCCUACCCCGCCCCCAGGCGAGAGGCCCGCCAGAGCCUCCACCCCCAGGACAUCAAUAACAUUGCCAGAAAACACCGUCCUUACUUGUACGACGACCGACGACAGAGGGAUCGAAUGCCGUACGACCCCAGUUCCCUAAACGCCAGGUGCUACAGUGCUCUUAACCUGGCCAUGAGUGAGGCUGCCACCCACGCUUUCUCCUACCCACGAG